GAAACAUCCAGGGAGAUCAAAAGAGCCAAUUACAACAAGAUAGAAAGUCAGACUGGGGGAUUGAUAAAAACAAGACAUCAGAGAAGGUUGGAACAACUUGAAUUGAAUGGAAAGAAAUUUUUGUCAGUCAGCCUCGAUAAUGGCCAUGGCAAUGAAAACAUCAACUUGAUAUGGGAGCAGAUGAAUAAGAGCAACAGCGAUAGAUCCAAAUCACUUGAAGAAGCUCAACAAAAUGCCAUUGGCCCAACCAAAAAAAAUAAUGCAUUAAAAGAUGGUGACAAUCAAAUGAUAAAAAUUAAAACAUCUUAUGAGUUUGCUGGAGAAACAAUAUCCGAAGAAAAAUAUGUCAACACAAACUCUGCUGAAGCAAAAGCGUAUUUGAAUUCCAUACAUUCCAAUUUAAAUUCAACCUCAAAUAAAAAUAAUAAUAAUAAUAAAACAAGAACUUUCAGGAAAAGUAAUAAUGAAAACAAUAGUAAUAACAAGGAAAGUAAUAUCAAAAUCAAGAAACGAAUCAAGAGAAAACGGCCUUCGAUAAUUGAUGCGAUUAUCAACAAUGCAAAGUUGCAAAAAAUAAACACUUUAGAGAAGUCAAGAUUGGACUGGGCAAGUUUUGUGGAUAGAAAUAACAUUGACAACGAAUUAAAAUCUCACAACAAAGAUGGUUAUUUGUCAAAGCAAGACUUUUUACACAAAGUUGAACUAAACAAAGAUCUACAAUAUAAACUUGCCAAUAAAAAAUUAAAUUCCCUUAAA